AUGAUUUACCUAACGUACCUGAAAACCAGCCAUUUUAACCUUAAGCCGGACGAUGUGGAACCAAUGCUCAAUAGUGAUAAUGAGGGAGUAUUCCUUUUAAGGGACUCGUGUACUUCUGAAAUUUUGGUGUAUACAAACAAAACGUGCAAGGAGAAGUAUCUAGAGAAGGAGGCGUCAUGCUGGAGCACUCAUGUGAGUUCCCUGUGCACGAGGGAAAAGCGAAACCAGCUGAAUAUGCAAAGUACACAAAGCACUCAAAAUGGAGAAGAGGAUGAAGAAGAGGGUGAAGACGAAGAUGAGAGCGAGGACGAUGAAGAGGACACACCAACAGAAGCAAAUGAACGCACCACAAGCCUGUACAACAGGGAUAGACAUUUUGUUAAGUACACACAUGAACACAAUUUUUGCAGAGCCCAACUGCUAAAAGGUACACUUAACAAAAAGAUAAGUAAAAUAAAGGGAGAAAAAAAAAUAACAAAGCAGGACAAUCGAUCGAAGAGCAGGCACCAAUUGUUAUCCAUUAAAAACAGGUUUAAGGGAAAAAUAAUUGUAAACAAGGAGAAAUGCGAAAAGCUGAUCCGUAGCAAAUGUUGCAAGAACGCUAAAAGGGGAUUCACCAAGGAGAGAAAAAUAAGAAAAAGUGUACACCCAUUCGAGAAAAUGAUUUUCCUCAACAAUGUAGAAAAUUUCCUAGCCGUACAAAACAGUACGGAUCAUCUCAAGACAGCUUGGGAACAUUUUUUUAAAUUUUGUAAGGACAACUUAGAAGCUACCGCUACACAGAAGUGUCUACGUAGAGCCAGUAAGGACAAGGCCCCAAAAGGAGGAAACCUCUCUGUGGACAUAGUAGACAUCCCUGAAAAGAAUGCUGGAGGCGAUUCUCCACACGUCAAGUGUAUACAAUAUAACACAAAAUGCGGAAAGAAGGAAGAAGGAAGACGAUUAACUGUUCUCAUUAAAAAGCAGGUUGUCAAAAUGGAACAUUUUACCUGCACAAAAAGAAAAAGUAAAGCAAAUGUUCGAGGUAAAAAGGGGUUAGUCAUCUCAAAAAAUACACAACCAAACGCCUCAUUUCACAAAAGAAAUAACACAAAUGAUAUGAGAUGCGAGAGACCCAACAAAGAGUCCCCCAUCGUAGUACACCAAAUCGUCAUGGAUGUGUAUAAUGUAGACACGCAUUAUCAUGACAACUGUAUGGAAGUGUGCCAAGCACUCCCGUUGUGGCGUGUCCUUUUUGUUGAGUACUGCCUCCUGACGUAUAACGUUGCCACCACGAACUGCAACACCAAGUUGAGAAGCAUUCCUGACUUGAACCAAAAAAAACAAAAAAAAAAGAAUAACAAGAACAAAGAAAAAACAGGAACCAUCUCAACCGUAGUAAACUUCCUAAACCACUUGAGCAGUACCUUCCCACAAAUGAAAAAGAGCAGAAGCUCUAUAUCGUUAGCAGUUUCAACAGUUAUGUGCAAAACAUAUAACGUACGAGGCGGCAUUAUGGAAUUUUUAAAUUCCACAAACAAAAAGCACCAUGACAUAUGUCAAAUCCAAAUCGCAAGGAUAAUAAGCAUACCGUAUUGCAUACAAAGAGACCCCCAUCAUCAGUGCAUACGAAAUGAUGUUUACUACGAUUUGUACCAAGCAGUUUAUCUAGCUCGUCAUUGCUAUGUAAUAUUUCAAAAGGCAAUAAUGAGUAUCUUCUGUAGUACAACUCAUCAGCAGUCAUUUUUGUGCGUACAAAAUUGCCUAGAAAAUUGCAUCACAGAAAUGGGCCAUUCGUUCUUCCAAAGAGAAAUGUCCACAUUCGCCAUCUUUAGAGCUGCGUCCAAUGCAAUCUCCAUCUCUACCACAGUGAGAAACAAACUACCCUUUCCAAAACCCAUAUUUUUCAGAAAGUACAAAAUUCUGGUUACACAAUAUCAUAAUAUCGUCAAUUAUGCCCUUUUUUUUCUUGACCUAUGUGAAAAUAUCAUCUCUUAUCAUUUUAAAAAGAAAAAAAUUCUGCUACGUACAAAAGAAAAAAUAAGUUUAUUACUCUACUACUUUGGAGAACGCCAUGGGGUUGUGAAAUACGAGCGAAAAUAUUUUUUUCACCACAGCUGUAGCAAACGUUGUAGUAAGCAGGAAAAGUAUUGCGAAAGGAAUUUUGUAAGCUGGUUGUCUGACCUGAAACAUGAGGAUAUCAAAUCUGAAGUGGAAAUCAAUUUGCCAGCAUAUUUGCAACGCUUCAAGGAUAAAAGGGGGCAGACGGAAGAGUCGUAUCAAUGUGUACAUCAAAACGAAAUUUCCCCUCAUCAGAAUAGCCCACGCAAUUCUUCAAAUUAUUAUACUACACUGUAUUCCGCAAUGAAGAAACUAAUUCUCUACUUUUGCCACUACUUUGUUGCUCCAUCGGAUACCAUAAUAAAAUAUAGGAAUGUUUGCAAAAUGUGGCACAAGUUAAAGAAGCCCAGCGCGAGUGCAUCAGAAUGUACUAAAAAUUUCUUGCACAUACAUGUUAUACACACGCUUUCUAGUUUCCUCAAACGCGAUUUUGUGAAAUUAGCAUAUGCUCGAAAGGGGCAGGGGUCUAGCUUCCACGGCCCUUCGGAUCGCAAUGCAUGUAGUAUCUACCGAAGUUCCAGUGGCCGCUCCCGUGGCGGCACACACGAGAGAAGCCUGAAAAAUCAGACACACAUAGGAGUAAGCCCCCCUUCAAGACAACACAAAAACGAAGUGGUCUACACCCCCAACAGUACUCAUAAAACUGAAGAGAGUGGAAUGAGAACAUGCACAAGUGAUCAUACACAAAGGGACAAAUCGAAUAAUUAUCACCCACGGAUGUUGGACCCAUCAGAAGAUAGACACUCUCAAUAUUUAAAACUCCAAAUGAAAGGAAAAUUAACGGUGCACUUCAAGCACCGAAUGGACAGUCACAAAAUGCGUUGUGGUAGCAACGGUGAUAGGCCAAACAAUCACACACAUAAACCGGAUGACAGCAGAAGAAAUAUAGCCGAAACGAACCCUAACAGUAGUAACCAGUACUACAUAGAAAAGGAAAGAUUCCUUAAACUUCACAACAACGUGGUUGGGAGGACUGACCAGAUGGAAAACAAAAUGAACUGCACGCAUGACUACACGCAUGACUACACGCAUAACGACACACACGCAAAUCUCAACAAUCGUAUGAAUAAUAAACACGUCGGAAAUUAUUCCAAUACGAACGGAACCAUUAUUAGGGAUCAAUUGCCCCGUUCCAUGGAGCGACUUAAGUACCGUAGAAACCUUCGCACCGAAUGUCAAAAUAGUUUACAACAUAAUAUGAACCAUAUGAGUUACUGCUACAAUGGGCAGCAAAUAAGGUGGCAAACGAACCCGAACAGUUUCAUGCCCAGCGAAGGGCAUAUGCACGGAAGUGGAAACUACAGUUGCGGAAAUGGGUGCAAUAGGCCUUGCCGCAGCAACUAUGGCAGCUUCAUCUAUGGCAGCUUCCUCCAUAGUAACAACCCCCAUAGAGACUACCCCUAUAGAGGCUACCACCAGAACGGUUACCAUCAUAACGGCUAUGACCAAAACGGCGACUUCUACAACUACACCCCCCAUAACACAAGCUCUCAUAACUUCUAUUGCGGUUAUCAGAACCGCUUCCACCCCAGCAGCAGCCCUUUUGUGGGAAUAAAUAACUACGUGCCCCACUACGGCAACAGAACUUUCGUUAAAGGGGGAGAACUCCCGCAGAAAGAUAAAAAAGACAUCAGCUACUACUUCAACGCCUUUUUCAACCACGGUACGAAUGACAUCCAUUUCAGCAGUACCGUCGACAAAAACAAAGAAACAAACUGCACCCACAGGUACACCCAGCCUCAUCAAAAUAAUGGCCCAUCAAAUUAUUACAACAUCCCCAGCGGUGUGUAUACUACUAAUCAUAACAAUUUGAAGAAACAAAAUAAAUUGUGUAAAAUGUGCAAAAAGAAACGCGUGAGAGAAAAUGAAGAUUAUUACCCUACCAACAGGAAUGGCAACCCAUUUGAGGGAAUUUCGAAUAUGAAAAAGGACCCGAGCGUUUAUAACACAAAUGGAGGACUCUUUUACGAACAGUGCCUAUCCAUUAAUGCCUUAAGCAGCCAAACGGGUAGAGGAGUGCUCCCACGGAAUUGCAACGGUGAUUUGACAAACGAUAAUACGCACGUUUUAAAUAACAGCAGUGCACUGAGCGUCUUCAGAAACUGCAAUAAUGUGAACGGAGUUACGGACAUCUUCUGCAUGUGUGGUGCCAGGAUCGACGCUGGCGACGGCGAGGAUAGUGACAGAGAAGGCGGCGACAAGGAAGGCGAUGGUAACGGAAGUGGUGAUAACAAAGGCGGUGGUAACGAGGGCGGUGACAACCAAGGCGACAAGGAAAGCAACAAGGGUGGCAAAAAGAGCGGCGCCGACAACAACGGUAGUGGAAGCGGCAGCGGCGGCGGUAACAAGAAGAACAAGAACAACAGCAACAGCAACAACGACGACGAUAACGAGCAGGGGGGAAACGACCAAAACAAAGGGGACUGCAAUAAGCAGAGCACGUGCAGCACUACCAGCAAGAAGAAAAAAAGCAAAAAAAAAAAAACAGAAAAAAAAAUGACCACUUGUAAGAAUAAAAAUAUUCAAAAAAAAAGUAUGCUUAAUUCUAAGUGCGCUAAAGGAGGGAAAAAGAAAAAUAGCAAAUUUGCCAAGAGCAAAGAAGAAAAUAAAAAAAGCAAAAUAGACAACAAGGAAGAUGCAGACAAUGCAGUAACUCCCCAUAAUGAGAACAACACCAAAAAGGAUAAAUUGGCCGAUGAGAGCCCAAUAAAUUCCAAUUCCAAAGCUACGAGCAAUGUGGAGGAAUCCCAAGUGGAAAAAUUGCCCGAAAUCAGUACUCCAUUUAAGCGAUAUCUAGAGUUUGUAAAUAAAAUAGAUUUUGACAUAAAGUUUGGAAAUGCAUACAUAAAAUUAGGAAAAAAAUUGAGUUCUCAAAAUAAAUGCCAAUUUGAUGUGUACGAAGCAGAGGUUGUGGCCGUGGACAAUAUUAGCAGCCUUUUCUCCACCAACAUUCAAAACUUUGAAAACUUCUACAGUUUAAUUAAGAGAAAUGUAAACAGCUAUGAUUAUAUGAAAAUAAAUUUAAAUAAUCAAAAUUAUGGGCAAAAUUUCGAAAUUGAUGACAGCAAUUUGGAGGACUUCCUCAACCAUUCGCAGGAUUCCAAUUUGAUUCUUAACUAUUUUACGAAUACUGUAAAUGCCCCAAAUGAAGAUAGCAAAAACAGCCCAGCAAAUUCGAAAAAUGUAGCUUCAAGGAAAAGAACCUUUUUGUCUUAUAUUAACCUGUCGCAGAGUGACACCUCCAAACAGAUCUCUAACGACCAGUCAAAUCCCGUCCAAGCGGAAAUGCCGCAAAACGAGCAUAUCAAGAAUGUGGGCAGUAAUCAUGAAAAUAUAAGUAGCAGCAAGAAGUGGAAGAACGCAGGUAACAACGUGGUGGACGGCUCCCCUAACAGCAAUGCUAACACCAACGGCGCAGCCCCGAGCGAUAUGUACACCGCCAGGAUAGUUAACAUGAAUGCGAAUGCGAAUGUUAAUGCGGAUAUUAAUGCUAAUGCGAAUGCUAAUUCUAGCGCCAGUGUAAGGCCAGACGGCUCAAAUGCUACACACAAAGACGGCGCCGCCAUCGCGGGGCUUGCCAAUUCGACUGCCCUACCAAGAGGCCCAAACGACACACAGUCCACUCUUUUGAGCAACAGAAUGAUUGGCAAAAGCUGCUCUAUCAUGAAGAAGGAGGGGGAAUCAUUUUCCAACUGCAGGGAUGGCAAUGAUGGCAAUAAUGACCUCAAUGGUAACAGUGGCAGUAACCCCGUUGCAGGGGGCAAUCUGUCCAACCCCCCAAGCUCGAAGCACAUGGACAAUGUACCCCAAAAUGAAGCGCAAAAUGUACCCCCAAAUGAACCGCAAAACAACCCCGAAAGCGCGCCCAACAAGGCGCUCUACAAAAGCCUCAUCCAUGAAAUAAACAGAAUAAACUUCCUAAGGGUGUUUGGAUAUAAAUCCCUAUACGACCUACUGAAAGAUCAGUGCAAACUGUUCCUUGUGCAGAAAAUGACCAUGGAGGCAAACACCAUGUACAACAUAAUCAAGCACGUAGUUAGGUACAACUACAUCAAUGACGCCAUAAAUAACCCCUUUACGAUUUAUCAACACUCGCUAAAAAACAUACCAGCCAGUAAAUUCGCCAUCAAAAUACUAAAUACGAGUACAUGCGGCAUCUACAAAUUAAAGUACAAAAUACACAGCCUCCUAUCUGAGGGGAAACAACUCAGGAAUGUCAACAUCGAAAUUGAAAAUUAUGCGCAGAGAAAGUACCAGUCGGAGGAAUACAUAAGAAAAUGUCAUGAGCAAAGUGUCAAAAAUAUUCUCCAAAGUAAAAAAGCCACCCAGUUUGAUAGUUUCUCAACUCUAAAUAUCUCCAGUUCGGAUUUAUCAAACAGCCAGUACCUAGAAUCGUAUAAAAAAUUUUGUUCCCAAAAAGACACAACCGCAAAUAACCAUCUUGAUGUGUGUCGCUCCACGAUUAAGCACCCAGAUUCGAGUCGCUCCACGAUUAAACACCCCGACUCCAGUCGCUCCACAAAUAAACCCCCCGAUUCCAGUCGCUCCUCAAAUGAACACUUAGAUUUGUACCUUUCAGAAAUUCUCAGCAUUAGGAAUUUAAUGAAUACCACACUUCCCCCCAAUAAUGAAAUGCAGGCGUGUAAUUAUGAGCAACAAAACAAACACAACUACAGCAUGGAAAUUGACAAAGCAAGUGAAGAUAAAAACAUCUGUGCAAGUAACGGUCUAAAUAGCACCACCACUAAUACUAAGCAGAACAGCAUCAGCAGUAACAACCUCACGAGCGAGUUGAGUCAAAUUCCAAUAGGAGACAUUUCCAUCAAUUCUCCCAACAACGCUGUUUACCCAUUUAUAUGCAAGUACUGCUUAAACAUUUUCUUCGACAAAGAUAUAGCGUUAACAAAUGAUGGGAGUAAUACCACCUUAAACAAAACCCUUUUGAGCAAUCACGCUGAAAAAAAUAAUGAAGGCAACCAUGUUUGGGACAGUACUACUGCGAAGAAGAAAAAACUGAUGGCUCAAUAUGUGGACACCUUUGAUCAUUCGUGCGUCUCGAAAAGUGGUCCUCGUGCGAAGGAAAAUAACUACAUUGCUCAAGUGGAUAGCGGCGGAAGAGGUAAAGAAGAAAACGGAGAAAUUGCGAGAACGAAAGACGCCACCAGCAAUGGCGGAAGUGAACUCGGCAGCCACAACAUCGGAAGUAGCCGCGGCGCCCACUGCAAUGGUGGCAAUGGUGGCAAUAGUGGCAAACGUGACAACCGCAACAACCGCAGCAACCGCAAGAACAGCAGAAGUAUAUACCUACACACAAGGAACAAAAUCAAGAGGGAGAGCAUCAGGAGAAAGCGCAAACGAAUCGCCAACAACAAACAGAAGGCGGGCAAAAACAAAAAUGUCCGAAACAAACGGGUUACGAAAAAGGUAACCAAAUUAAAAACAAAGCAUAAAAUUAUAAACAAAAGAAGAAGAGGAAUUGAUGCGAAAAAAGAAAAAAAAGUCAUCAAUUUGGAGGUCCAAAAUGAUCUUGCCGAUACCGCGAAUGAGAAAAAUAGGCAGCAAAAUAACGCUUCUGUCAACGCAAAAUUAUCGAAAAAUUCUACACACGAUUGCAAACCCACAUCUCCUGUAAAGAGAGAAAUGCCCCAGAGUGUAGUCUCUUGUGUUUCCUCCCCCAGUAAGAACUUACGCCAAAGCAACGACCUACAGAACCUUCCAAUAAAUAUCCACGCACCAGACAAUUCGUCCAACCAGAAUAUAAGCACUCCCAGCAAAAUGAAAAUCAAUGUUUGCAAAAGGUGUAAGGAGAAAAAUGCACCACGCGAAAGUCCCUUAGCAAAAGAAAUUUUAAAAAAAAACAAAAAACAUCCCGGCUCAGUACCAAAAUAUCUAUGGUCAUCCGUUGGAAUAACAAAAAAUAGGGAGCACGUGAUAGGAGUAGCCAUGCAAAUGAUUGACGGGUGUACAUUAACGUACAUUAUUCAGAAAUUAAAAGGAACGGAAAAUGUAAAACAAGGUCAGUUCUUGCUGGACAUUUGCAAAAAAUUAGUUAAACAUUUAAUGAUUGUGUGCGAAUCGGUUGACAAUCCAAUCAUUAAUUGGGAUACCAAACCAGGAAACAUUAUGAUUGAAUACGAAACGGGAAUUUCAAAAAUUGUUUGUAAAAAGGUUACCAUCAUAGAUGUAGGCGAUGCUUUACCGGGUAGACGUUUCUACUUUCCAACAAAUCCUGCGUACUAUGAAAAAAUUAAAAAUAAUAAUUCUCAAAAGAACUUUAAUAAUUUCCUAUACUAUGUAAUAUGUACCAAGGGGUUUUGUUCUCCUGAAUGUGCCCUCCUAGUUUUCCUAUUAUCAUCUCUGAACAAAUCCGAACAGUUUAGAAAGACAUGGUAUGGCCCCGACUCAAACAUUUUCCACAUUAUCAAAACGAGACAGUUAAGAAUAAAGUACAGGUGGAAGAAGCUCCUAGACUUGCGCUUUAUUCAGCCCGUUGUGAGGAAGAGAGAUCUUAUGCUUAGCGGUCAAUCACUAAGUCCACUGAAUCGAAAAUGCUCAUGCGCUACUGAAGCGGAUGACGUCCGACCAGCUUCUUUGAAAAACAGAGAUGGUACUUACUGUGGCAGCCUCAGCCGUGCCAGCAGCUAUAACCGCAGGAAUAGCAACAGGAAUAAUCCCAAGAAUAACGGCAAGAAUAACUCUAGGAAUAAUGCCAAGAAUAACGCCAAGAAUAAUGCUAAGAAUAACGCCAGGAAUAACAACAGGAGUAACACCAGAGGAAACAGCACUGGUAGCAAGAGAACGAUCCAGGCGGAGAAAAACGGUCCAGCUCCCCACCCGGUGAGUGCCAACGUGGGACCUUCCCACAACCAGCCCAAUAUGACCGGUGGGAGCGGAAAUGGAACCAUUCGAAACGGCAACAACGGUAAUCCGCACAGUGGCACGAACCUGUCCCAGAAAGACCAGAAUAAUGAAAUAAAUGGACACAUCGGCGAGAAGAAAAGCAAAAGCAAAGGCAGUGGCAACCCCGUUGGAGAAAACGCAAACAGUGUACCCCCAGGAUGCAAACCGAUUGACCACGUCGCACCCAACGCCAAUUCAGAAAACAUGAAUGUCAACUCGUCGGAAAAACGAGCAACCGCGGAUACUCAUCAGCCAAAUAGCGAAGAGGAAGACAUAUUAAAAGGCCACUACUUAAUGAAGAUAUGCACUCAUGACAUGACGGAUGAUGGUGAGAGAGAACAUUACUCAGAUAACGAAGAAAUAAAAGAGUAUUUAAUUAAAAAGGAUGAAAAAAUAAAAGAUAUGGAAAUCAAAUUAAGCGAAUCGGAAAGGAAGAAAAAAAAAAAAAGAGAAAAUGAAUAUUUUAAAAUGCAAAAUAUUGAUUCAUGGGUAGUCAAAUUCACAACAAAAACAACAAUCUUCAGCGUCGGGCUAGUAUUAUGCCAAUUAUUUGGUGGAAAUAAUUUAUUAAGCGUUGUUAACAAAGACGAAGUGAAGGUAGUCGAUGUGUUAUGUGAAUGGAAUUGCAAAAACAGCACGAACAUUUAUUCUGGAGAAAAAAAUAUCACCAUUAAUGAGUUGUUGCCAAGUAGAGGAAUUUUUGCUGAUGUCUUAUGGAGGAGGAAAAUUAAAAGAAUAAUAAAAAAAUGUUUGCAAUUUGUACCAUCCAGAAGAUGCUCAUUUAAGGAAUUGUAUGAGGACGUAAAAAUGCUCAAGAGGGAUUUUGAAACUUACUACAAUUUAAACGUCCACUCCACAUGUGAUUUGUAG